CUACAGUCUGUUGGGGUCGCAAAGGCGCAAAAGCUCAGAGCCAUCUGGCUACACCAGGCUCCCUCGGCCUGGCGCUCCGGAGCCGGAGCGUCCUGGCACUAUGCUCUGGAUGACACACUAAAAUCUAAUUUUCUUAACACCGAUCAUGAACCGAAAGAAACUGCAGAAGUUGACGGACACCUUAACUAAAAGUUGCAAGCACUUUAAUAAAUUUGAAGUAAAAUGUCUUAUAACACUUUUCUAUAAUUUGGUGGGAGAUGUGCCAGAGAAGCCAGGAGUAGUCACUGGACUAGAUCGUAAUGUAUUUCGGAACAUCUUGCAUGUGACAUUUGGAAUGACAGAUGACAUGAUCAUGGACAGAGAUUGCUUUGAAGUGUUUGAUCUGAAUGGUGAUGGCUUCAUUUCAAAGGAGGAGAUGUUCCACAUGCUGAAGAACAGCCUUCUCAAGCAGCCCUCUGAGGAGGACCCUGAUGAAGGGAUUAAGGAUUUGGUUGAAAUAACACUUAAGAAAAUGGACCAUGACCAUGAUGGGAAGCUGUCUUUUGUAGACUAUGAGACGGCUGUGAGAGAAGAGACUCUCCUUCUGGAAGCAUUUGGGCCAUGCCUACCUGAUCCAAAGAGGCAGAUGGAAUUUGAAGCCCAAGUAUUCAAAGAUCCCAAUGAAUUUAAUGAAACGUGAAUUCCUAAAUGUAUUGUACAAAAGGAGCCACAUUAAGUUCAUCAGUUCUUCUCAGCUUAGAAGAUGCUAUGGUGAGAUUCAGUUGACUUGUAUGUAUUUUAGAUUAGGACAUCCUCACAGACACUAGGUUUGGAAAGAAAGGUUAACAUUGAUAAAGCUAUUUCACCACAUGGACUCUGUGAAGACACAUACCUGUUAUAAAGCUCCAGAUUAAUUAAAGCAAUGAAGAAAUUGUAUAGUUAUUACUUAGGAAUGCAACUUCAUAUCAGAGGGAUUUUGAUUGCACAUCGAAAUAUUGUUGAAGCUACAUAGCAUUUUUCUUCCUAGCAUUAAGUAGUAUUGUACAAAAAAGAAUAGUAGUAGUACCAAAAAAAGUAGAUGCCAGGUACUGGGUACUGUACAGCAAGGUGGACUCAUGGAAACUAUUUAAUAUACUGUUUUCUCUUAUGUGAGGUUUGCUUAAGCAGCUCAUAAACAUUGGAGGGAAAAGAUUUGUCACACACACUUUCAUCACCACCAUAGCAGUUAGCCUUCUGCAUGUAAUUGGCCCUCAAUAAAUAUUUCAGAUUGGAUUUAAAGAUAGAAAACUGCCACACAAUUACCCUCUGUCCAUGAGCUGAUAGAAGUUGUCUCCAUUUCAAGAGUCAAGCUUUUAGUUAAUCUCUGGAGGUAUGCCUGACCUGUGGGUUGCAGUCAGAUGCCAAGGCCUUCUCUGCUCUAGUUUUUAGUGUCAUGCCUCUCUCACUUUGCUGUCAUGCACUCACCAUCACCAUAUGGAAUAUAGUGUUAUGGCUCCACACUGUCUGAUGUCCAGUAUACAACUUAUUAUCACGUCACAUUGUAUAAUAAUGGUGUUGGCCAAUUAUGGCAACCCAAAGACUCCACUGAGUUCUGUGGGCAUCAUGUGGUAAUGAAAGGGCACCCUCUCCCAAUUGAGAUCUCUGUGAGCUCACCUUUACCUCUUUGUACUCAACAGGAGAGCAAUUGAAAGGGUUAACUAUGUGGUACCUUCAACUGAUGUGUACAAAUUCUAGAGAAUACAUGAAAAAGCAAAUGUGCCUCCUUGUUAUAUGCAUUAUUAAGUUUAUGCAAACGUUAUAUUAUGUGUAACAAUAGGCUGCUACUAAUACCUGGAACAAGCAAUCUAUAAAAUAAACUUACUAUACUUAUAUAAGGCAUUUUAAUGAGAAGUUUCUAUAUGACAGUUACAAAUAAAACACAAUAUUCUUUAUAUUUUAGCUUCAUUGGGAAAUGUCAAUCAAAAUGGUGUGUAAUUAAGGUGUACCCAAUGUUUAUUUGUGUGUAUGAAUAAAUGAAUCUUACUCAAAAGUUAAGUAACAUACCUGUCUACACAUAUCUGUCUGACUUGAAUAUAAUCUGCCUUUCUGGUAAGUUUAAGGUACAUUGACUGUAUCUUCUGUUGAAUAACUGAAACCUAGUACACCUUAAUUAACACACCCUCUUUUCUGUUUAGUGGUGGUCAUAGCCACAUACCACCCUACUUUCUGCAAUCAUGAGAGUCUCAGCUUUAAAUUCACAUAGAAGAAUGAAAUUUUGUUGUGCUUAUUAUUGUCUGUGUGAGACAUUUUAUACUUUUAUAAUUUCCAGCUUAUCAAUGGUGUCACAAAGUAUAUGAUAUCCCCCCAGUAAAUGUAUAUAAAAUAUAUAAUGUAGAUGAUGAUCACAUUGUCUUUUUCUAUUUAUCUAAUGGCAACAGGUUAUUUCUGCAUUGUGCUUGUUUACCUGUAUUAUGUGAAUGCUAUGAAUAAAAUGCAGGAGUCUGGUGUU